AUGCCUACCUGGAAGUUGCAGUACGCGAACUCCUCAAAGUUGACACGAUCCACCGGAAUAAGAUAUUUCAGCGGAGGGAGUGCGCAUCCUACCUUCAACAACACUGUUUCCGCGUAUAAGACUCGUCUCCAAGAAGCACCCACCUCGACUGAGCUUACCGAGGCGAAUGCUACCAUCACUACUCUGAAAUUUGAGCUAGCGGGAUUGCAUGAUGCAGAGACGAAGAAUGUCGAAGCUCUUCGCCUUGGUGAUGAGCGUUUUAUUCGUGCUAAGUCACUAGAGCGCAAACUCAAGGAAGUCGAGGCCACCCGCGAUGAGCAUUGGGAAAAACUAAACUUUGCACGGGAAACUAUCUCGCUGCUGACUGAGAACGAAGAGUUGGCUAAGGCUCAACUCGCAAAGGUGGAGCGGAAGUACAAAGUGCUAGCUGAUACUCGGGAGUUAGACAUCAAAACCACAACGCGUGAGGCGAGAAAGGAUCUUGCUAUCAAGUUUAAGACAACCCUCGACUUGGUGAAGUCGCACAUAGCUAGAAAAAACGCAACGCUUGAACCUUUUGUCAAGAUCUCCGAGAUGAAGGCUAAUAUCGAGUUUCUUGAGGUCAUCAUCGAGGGUGAGAUUACGGAUUUCCAAGCUGAGCUAGAUGUGGUCUCUCUUGACAAUCAAGAUAAGUACGCGAAAGAUCUCACCGAAGCCGAGGUAAGGGUUCUUAAACUCGAUUUGUCUCAAAUGGAACUUCUUGCCUCUGAUCUCUCUUCUGAGCUCGCCACUACCUCGGAGCUCGUCGCGACUAAGCCUUUUGAUGAAUUCGACAUUAAUGCAAGUUCACUCUUAGGCGAUAUGCGUGUUGAUGUUCCAUAG